AUGGCUCAUUCCCGUCCCAAGCCCGAGGACCUUCAGAUCAUCACAAGCGAAUGGCAGGAGAGCAAGCUCCUCUUAGGCCCCGAAAGUCUCGGAGACUGGAGAGAUCUCAGGGGAAGAAGUACGACAAGGAGGUGCUCUUUGGAUAAGUCAGGCCCAAUCCCAAAGUCUGAACUCAGCAAACUCCAAGUCGAGACGGGAAUUGCAGGUCCAUCUCGAGAAGAAGGAAACAUGCCAUCACCUGAGCGAAGGCGCAGGAUGAACGCCAUGGUCGAAAACCUCAGGCUCCGAGAACAUGUCGAGGUGCCAAAGCCUAGAGUCUUUCCAGCAGAGGAUCCCGAAAUCCUCGACUCGCGACCCUCGUCACCCACCGCCUCCCGACUCAUCCUCCGACCAGGACGACAAAGAUGGGAACAAAAAAGGUUCUCCACUACCCACUCGCGGCUCAGGUCUCCUCUCGCCACCUGUCCCCGACUCCGUCGCCUGAUCCGAGUCCGGCCCGUCUCCUUGGGUUUGUUCCUGCCCAUCGAUCCUGUUCCCGUGCCGGCUCACAUCAACACUCCGGGUCCCCUUGCUCGUACCCCAACUCUUGCCCCAACAUCUCCUCCUGCUUUCUCUGCCCGCGAGCCGGCCUCUGUGCCCGCCCCUGUGGCCCCUGUGGUCCCUGACAACAAUCCCAUCGACCUAUUGGUGUUUAUGGCGAUGUUGAUGUCGGUAUCGACAACCCAGGCCCAGGCACAGAACCGACCGACCCUGCCUUCCCCGCCAUCAACGACGACGCGAGCUUGA